CACUUUAGUGUUGGCCGCGCUGUCCCUGCCUGUCCCAGUACCCUCGACAGUCCCGGGCUCGAUCUGCCGCAGCCACUUGUACUUGCGCGCCGUGUCCCCCAGCAGUCCCUCGCGUGGCCACGUAGAGCAGAGUCCGGCGGUUCCGCUGUUGGUGUGCGUGCGUGUGUGUGUUGUGUGUGGUAGUGCGUCUCGCUCCUGCUUCCCAAGUGGUUUUGUGUGCGUCCGUCGCAACAAACAUCAUGGCAACCAAGUUGUAUUCCAUGGCCGAGGUGGCCCAGCACAACGACAACAAGAAGUCGUGGAUCGUUGUCCACAACGGAGUGUACGAUGUGACCGAGUUCCUCAACGAACAUCCUGGUGGCGAAGAAGUCCUUCUUGAGCAGGCAGGCAAAGAUGCUACAGAGCCAUUCGAAGAUGUUGGCCACUCCUCUGACGCACGAGAGCUUAUGGCAAAGUACAAAGUUGGAGAGCUUAUUGAGUCUGAGAGGAAAAAGAUCAAGGAGCCUGCUGCCAAAGACUGGAGUGCGGACAACAAUUCUGAAGACUCAAGCUCAUGGAAGUCAUGGUUGAUCCCUGUUACUUUGGGUAUCUUGGCUACAAUUGUUUACCGAUUCUUAACAGCCCAAUGAAGAGUCUUAUCACCAAUAAUUUAGCUUACUGAGACAAAGGGUCUGGUGCCAUCAGCCUAAUCUAUCAGUUCAAAGAAUACCGCAAACAUGUCAACUCGACCAGCCUGUUUUGCUUCUAACAUAUUUGACCAACUCUUCCUGCCUUUGAUAUUGCUCCUUGAGGAGCUGUGAUAGUAAUAUACGUUCUUUCAUAUUUGUUUACUUGUGAGUAUGUAUAGAUGUGGUUGGUUGUGAACUUUGCUAUUGUCAUGUUGGUCGGUUCUGUCUGUGGUAAUGAAACUGGCCAUUUUCCAAGAACCAAGAUGAUACCGUGUGUGACUUCUAAUGUACCUGCUAGGGGAAUUACUCCAAAAAGAAUAAAUUUCCAUACUGCAUUUUUUCCCAAUUCUCUACGGAAAAGUUUAGGACUCAAAUAGGUACUUGCAAGUGUUCUAUUAUCUGCUCAUUCAAGUCAAGAGAAGACAGACAUUCCACAUUUGCUUACCUCAGCAAUUAAGAAGUUUAGCAGAACAAUUUUUCCUCUCUUAAAAUAUUCUGUAUAUUGAAGUUGUCCUGUAUAUAGUAGAAGUGCAUCAUGAAGCAGCAAAGUUGCCUUGAUCAUUUUCAAUAUUGACUUAAAGAGAAUUAAUGUACCUGGUUGUCUGACCAUUUACUUUUAGUCCUCAUUUAUUUGAUGAGGAUGAUUUUUUUGUCAUUGUCAUUCAUGGAGUAGGAGGCUACAUUUUUACAUCUGUUUUAAAUGUUUUUGUUUUAUUUUAAAUGAAAUAUGUUCAAAGUUGCUAUGAUUCAUUUUCUUCAUCCUGCAAUAUGUGUAAUGUUAAAAAUAAAUUGUGUAUUACAUGUUAUAA